AUGAUGGAAAUGCAUCUAAUUGAGGUCGAAUUUACAGUGCGUCUAUUGGGUAAUACAAAUGAACCGAUUGUCGUUUGUCUCUUGGGUAACGUGAUAAAACUGGGGACUUGGGACGUGGCAAAAGCUGUACCUCUGAAGCUCCUUCUACAUGAAGAGAAUGGAAGCACAUGGCAUACAAAGAUCAAGUUUAAAGCAAAUCUUCAUACUCUUGAAUAUAAAUAUGUGGUCAAACAUCAGGAGACCCAUGAAUUGAUUUCAUGGGAGGGAUUACCAGGUAAUCGAACACUUACGAUUGCUCCAGGUACUAAUGUUGCAUUACAAGCUCCUUCAAGUCAGAGCUCCACGUAUGCAACGUCACGUGCUCCAGUCCCAGGACCUCGUGGCGCAGAGCUAGGAAAUAACGGAAAUACUAAUGGAUAUCAAGAGUGGCGUUGCUGUCGUACUAAAAAAGAGGCAAAUCCAUGGUGGGAAGUGGACUUGGGACAGAAUUAUACUAUCUCUAGUGUCCACUUGUGGAAUGCAAUGACAUAUCAUGAACAAGCUCAGCAUCCAAGUGGUCGUCCACCGAGAACAUCCAAGUCAUCAACGUCAUUGCCUGCGCCUCCAUUGUGGAUAUUCAUUUCGAAAGAGCCAUUGGGUCGUGGAGCAGAUUCAUUUGAAGAUGCACAAGCUAAAGCUGCUGCAGAUGCAUCUUUUGUGCGUGCAAUUGAGGUGGAACAUUCGUUUGAUAGUCGCGUGCGAUCGGUGAAGUUUAGUGUCGGGGGAUUACGUGGAGGUGAUGACAGCUCCAACGGAGACAAUUGUCCUGCUAUGGUAGCAUCAGAGCUUCCACGUGUUGAGGGUCGCUAUGUACGACUGCAAUGUGCUGGUAGCUCAUGCGCUUUGCAGUUUGCUGAGCUUGAAGUAGUCACGCAGGAUAUUGAAAACGGGCAAGUGGUACUACAACAAGAUACGUUGUGUACCAAACGGGACGAUGGAUUUUACGGUGUUUCGUCAGCAUUGGAAGCAGAUCUGCGCGAGUAUGUUGAGAGUGGAUGGCUGGACCCUGCGGUCGACGUAGCUGAGCUGAGGGUAUGGAUUGGUAGUUUUGAUUCCGGCAAGCCAGCCAUCCAGUGGCUGAAUGGCGAAAUAGAACACAGUCGUGUGGUAAUUGAAAUGCGUCAUGAAAAAAAGCAAACAACACACGGUCCUCAAGGCGAGCGCAACACUCAGCGUCAGCAAAAAAGCAGUAAUUCGUUUAUGACAUGGGAGCCACUCCCCGUGGAGUCGAAAAGUGGAGCCUUGCUAGACCAGGAGUCAACAGAGCUGCGCAAGCUUUUGAAAGCACACCAGCAAAAGAAUGAUACUGACUUGUCAUCAUAUCUGAACAACGACCCUUAUGUUACACGUUCAAAAGCCGCGUUAGGCGGAUCAUCGUGGGUCUCGACGUUAGCAUUUGUUCAAUCUCUGAAAAAGCCGGACGCGGAGGCUUUGUUUUGCCAGGUCGUUACGCGUAACUACAAGAAGGGCGAAAGUAUCUUGCGUUACGCGGAACAAAAGCACACUGUUUUCUACAUAAAGUCUGGCGAUGUAGAAUUGCUAGGACCGGAGUCAUCAAUGGGUUCGAAUGUCAUUGGAACGCUUGGAAAGGAUUGUGUCUUCAACGAGAUGGGGAUUUUUGGUGGUUGGUCUAAGCAACCAGCGUUAUUUAAAGCUAAGGAUGAAGUGGUUUGCGAGAUGCUCGAGUUUGAGACGCUUCUUACAGUUCUGGGAACGAACAAAGUAGCUUCCAUUCGGAACAGUUACGCGCGUAGCAGACACAAGGCUAUGUCCUCACUCGAAACGAAGGAAGUACACUACAUGGACAGCGUACACGCCCAAAUAUUUUCUACCAAAGUACCUUCGUCCGUUGUAGAUGGGAGUGGAAAUUAUAUCAAUGGCCUCAUUCAUCGCUGGAAAUUUGAUGUUUACGAUUGUCAGAAGGACGCAACGUUGGGAAAGUACACCAAAACGAAGCUCAUGGGAUCAGCUUAUCUACUUCCAUCGCAGAUUGGCAAGUAUGGAGAAUCAGACCAAACCGUCCCGAUUUUUUCCACUAAAAUGGACAUCGUGGGUGAGCUCACGUUGACAUACUUAGUUCUGACGCCUUUUGUCCACCCGAAAAACAACAUUGCAAAUGUUUGGCGCUCUUACUGGCGCGAACGGCCUCCUCUUACAAUUGGACAUCGAGGUAUGGGAAGGUCACAUUAUCAAGUGGACGGACACCGCCUCGCGCUAACCCGGGAAAACACACUAGCGUCGUUUAUUUUGGCUGGACGGAGUGGUGCAGAUUUUGUGGAGUUUGACGUGCAACUGACAAAAGACAGAGUGCCAGUAGUCUAUCACGAUUUUAUGGUGAACGUUGGAUUCGAAGACAAGAGCGCCGGGUCAUUUGGUACAAAACCCGAGAUGUACGAGAUUGGUAUUCAUGAUAUAUCCUUUCGCCAGCUGACGCAGUCGUACACGACCCCAGUGCAGCAUAAGGGCAGAAAUAGCCAAGUGCUGCAAAAGCGCGUGAAAAAACACUGGGCACGACUUCAAGGAGACAAACAACUACCUUCACCUAGACGCGGACCUUUAAAAAACGAUGACAGUAUCGCUGCCGAAGAGGAUCAUCUCGUAGAGUUCUUUCCCCGACUCGAGGAUUUGCUUGUGCAUGUUCCUGCGGAAGUUGGUCUGAACAUUGAAAUUAAGUACCCCGACACGUUAUUUCAUCCAGAGCUGUGCAGCUUAAGGAGCUUUGCCAUCAACGCCUAUAUCGACAGGAUCCUUCAGUGUGUUUUUGAUUACGCCGGCUCGCGCCGGAUUUUCUUCUCGUGCUUCAGCCCAAGUGUCUGUGUCGCACUUCGCGCGAAGCAAACAAAAUACCCUGUGCUGUUUUUGACUUGUGGUUCCAUGGCACCAAGCGCAAUUGAUGCACGAAUGACGCUUGAAUUCGCCACCAAUUUUGCUAAGAUGGAAAAUUUGCAAGGUAUUGUGUCGAACUCGAGCGCGUUGAUUGAGACGCCGGAGCUUGUAGCGCUUGUGAAGAAACGUCUAGGUACAGUGCUCAUCACAUGGGGUGACAAGAACACAAACCACGAGAUGGUGCAAUUGCAGAAACGUUAUGCUAUUGACGGUGUUAUCAGCGACAAUGUCAUUGACCUCAUUAUCCAAGACAAGAAGUUGCAGUCCCUAGUACAAACGUAG